UCUGUCUUUAGUCUGUGGUGUUUUACGUGAGCUUUGAAUGGAUUCGAUUUCGAAUUUCAAUUUUUGAUUUUAUAAACAAUUCAAUAUUUUAUAGGAUAGUAAUUAUUAAAAGCGGCCAUAUGUGUUCAAAUAAGUGAAUCGACGUACGUUAAUCAUGCCGCCAACAGUUCAAACCAAUGACCCCGAGCGAGAAAAGCGUCCUCAAAGGACAGGCGAGAGACGAUCCGAACUAGUAACGCGUGUGAAAUAUUGCAACACACUACCAGAUAUUCCGUUCGAUUUGAAGUUUAUCACGUAUCCCUUUCCUUCGACACGGUUCAUCCAAUACAAUCCCACUUCCUUGGAGAAGAAUUACAGAUACGAAGUUUUGACGGAGCACGACUUAGGCGUACAUAUAGAUUUGAUAAACCGGGAUAUUUACCAAGGAGAUGGCAAUGCAAUACUUGAUCCAGCAGAUGAGAAGCUUCUAGAGGAUGAUGUUCUUACCCCACAAGACUCCAAGCGUUCCCGUCAUCAUGCGAAAAGCGUGUCAUGGUUGCGACGCUCAGAGUAUAUAUCCACUGAGCAGACAAGGUUUCAGCCACAGUCUAUGGAAAAGGUUGAAGCCAAAGUCGGUUACAAUGUUAAAAAGAUAUUCAGCGAAGAGACUCUAUACAUGGACAGAGACAGCCAAAUCAAGGCCAUUGAAAAGACCUUUGACGACAACAAGAUCCCUGUGGAGAAACACUAUAGUAAACCAGGCGUCACACCAGUUGAAGUGAUGCCAGUGUUUCCAGACUUUGACAUGUGGAAGUAUCCAUGUGCGCAGGUCAUAUUUGACUCAGAUCCAGCACCCUCUGAUAAGAAUAUCGCUGGACAAAUUGAAGCAAUGUCACAGGCUAUGAUUAGGGGUGUGAUGGAUGAGAGUGGUGAACAGUUCGUAGCGUACUGCCUCCCCACCGAGGACACCAUACAGAAGAGACGCCGCGACAUCGCCGAGGGUAUACCAUAUAUGGAUGAAGACACCUACGAGUACAAGAUGGCUCGCGAGUACAAUUGGAACGUUAAGAGUAAAGCGUCUAAGGGUUACGAGGAGAAUUACUUCUUGGUGGUACGCAAUCACUGUAUAUACUACAACGAGUUGGAGACUCGUGUGCGACUGUCCAAGAGAAGAGCCCGCGCUGGCGUCGCCGCUCAGGCGCUCACCCGGCUGGUGGUCACCCACAGGCCUCUAGGCGCGGCCGAACACCGCAUGUUGAGGUUGAGAGAGAAGCAGCUUGAACCGCCACAAGAGGACGAAGAAGAGGAAGAACCUGACGAAGAAGAAGAUGAGGAAGAUAAACAAGAGCAAAACGGUGAAAAAGAGAGAUCGCGUUCCCGUUCAAAAUCUGGAUCGAAAUCGCCGCAAGGAUCGGAAAAGUCCAAAGGGUCGAACAGGUCAAGGUCAAGGUCGCGGUCAAAGUCUAAGUCGAAGUCAAAGUCCAAGUCGAGAAGUCGCUCGCGAUCGGGAUCGGGUUCGAGGAAAUCGAGAUCCCGUUCUGGUUCGGCACAUUCUGGCUCUGCAAGAUCGGGUUCUGCCCGGUCCCGGUCGCGGUCCGGCUCGGCCCGGUCCCGGUCCGGGUCCCGCUCGUCUCGCGCCAGCUCCAAGAGUAAAGGAUCCCGUGCUAGCUCCGCCAGCGGGAGGGGAUCACGGGCUAGCUCUAAGGGAAGUAAUAAGGGCUCCAAACAGUCGUCGAAGGCGUCGUCGCGCGCGUCCUCUCGCGCGAGCCGCAGGUCGUCGCGGGCUUCGUCGCGGGCCUCCUCGAAGGCCUCGGGUUCGAAGGCCUCGGGCUCGAAGGCCUCGUCGCGAGCGAGCUCCCGCCGCAACUCGGGCUCCGGCAGCGGCUCGGAGCGCUCCCGGAGCAGGUCGCGCAGUGGCUCCAAACAAGGAUCUCGCAGUGGCUCCGCCUCCAGUGCGUCUUCCAAACAUAGUGGUUCCGAUUAAUGAAUUAAUAAAUUAAAUAUAUACAAAGAAUCUGUAAUGACUUAAAUAAAACCAAUGUUACAAA